GCCCCGAGGCCGCGCCCACGGCCCACAGCCACCUCGCGGGUCUUUCCGGGCCGGGGCAGCGCCCGCACGGUCACGUGGCGGCGGCGGCGGUGGCAGCGGCGCGUGCGCGUGCGACGAGGAGGCUCCGCGCCGGCUUUUUUCCCUGUGUUGACCAAUUCCAUUUUCUUUGCUGCUGGCUGCGAAGACCACACUCUUCUUAAGGCAGGCCCGAGGUUGCACUUAAUAAGCAGGAAUCUACUGCACUAAAGACACCCAGUUUUUCCUUAUGAUAAAGACAGUGUUUGGCUAAUGAGCAAGGUGGUGAGGUCAUCCAGUGAGUCAGAGGGACAGAUCUGGGAAACAGAAGAGGAUGAUGACAUGACAGAAGGUGAUUUAGGGUAUGGCCUCGGAAGAAGAUCUGGUGGUGUUUAUGAAGUUUCACAUUUAUUUACAUCCAGAAAAAGAUCAGAUGGAAAGAACUUUAGCCCUCCCCCACUUCCAAGAAAGGGGAAAGAAAGAAGUGAAGCCGUUUUUCAGUAUUCCGAGCAUAAGAGCUUGCAAGAUACAUACCUUCAAGGGUCCAGAAUUGCCAGUUACAGACGACAAAGUAGUACAGAUUCUAAUUCAGAAUUGUCAAAUGAAGAAUUAAGGCAACGGCUUCAUGAAACCUUAGAGGAGGUAGAAAUUUUAAAAACUGAUCUUGAGGCAUCUCAAAGACAACUUGAAGGUAAAGAGGAAGCACUGAAAAUUCUUCAAAGCAUGGCAAUACUUGGCAAAGCUACAAGUCAUACCCAGGCAGUGCUUCAAAAAACUGUGGAACAAAAGAGAUCCUUGGAGAAGGAAAUAAAUGCCUUGCAGUGGGAAAUAGAAUUUGAUCAGAAUAGAUUUAAAAAUAUGGAGGAAUCCUGGACCCAAAAAUAUGACAGGACUUUCUGCUAAAAUUACUGUGGUCUGUCUUUCCUGGACAAUUUAAAGAAACAACAAAGAAACAUAAAGGAGAAAAGAAAAAGCAAAAAGACUGGAGGAAGUAUUUGCAUUGUUGGAAGCUUCAACUACAUUUAUUAGAAUGGAUCUCAAUACUUCAUAUGUGAUAAAUAUUUUGAUACAUUUUAUUGAUAUAUUAUAUUCAUGGUAUUAUAAUAGUUAAUUUGAUUCACAGAAAAUAUAUAUAUGAGAAAUUAAAAUUUUGGGUUGUUAUUAUCUUUGUAUUUGGCAAAUCAAUAAACAUAAAAUGAUAGAAAAAACAAAAUGCCACCUAAAUUAAUGGUAUCAAAAGAAUGAAUAAGAACAGUAUCACUAAAAAACUUGAAUUAAGAAUUCAAGUAGAGAAAAAGUUUAGA